AUGUUCGCACCUCGAGCCGCUCGCACGUCUCGACGCCGCCAGAGAACCAGCUCCGACGACUCGGUCGGUCCCCCCCAAAGCGAAGAGACAACGUUCCAAGCACAGUCCGCGACAUCGGUCUUGUCCAACGAUCACGACCUAGCUACGGACCCCACUGGCCUCGACUCACAUCUACCAAUUCGCGGCGCAAAACCGAGUGAAGCUUCUAAAGUUGAUUCGGAGGGAGCAGUAGCCCUAUCAAAAACCGAUUACUACAUUGUCAAUCAACUUCCAGCUCUGCCGGAUCAGAUCCGAGGCUCACAGUCAGAUCCAUUGAAGUGCUUUUUCGCGCCCGGUCAUGACCAUGCCUUGGCCUUGACACACUCACAUGCUAUCUUAUGGCCCUACUCAGUCGCCACUUCUUCGCCUUCGCCCUCCGAAACCUUCACCGUGUCGAUUCCCGAAUCAUGCCGAGACCCAUAUGGACCCGUACCCAUCGGUGCCCUAGUAUCUACAGCCACUGAACACCCCGGUCUUCUCAUCAUCAUUCCUUCGACGGGCAAAAUCAUAUAUUGGGAGACUGUAUCUAGCGCAGCAUCUUUGGCAUUAUCUCGACAAAAGCAAAAUGGAAUUCAAGGGUCUACGCCCGGACUACUUUCCGGAGAAGUUGCGGUGGAGGUUAUGAACUGUGAGCCAUCGGGGCUUAUCAUUACAUUCUCCUCUGGGCGAGUAGCACAUGUCACCCUGAGAGACCCUCAGGGCAAGCCCUCUGUAUUGGUCAACUUCCUCAGGAGCACUGGUGGCAGUGGAGGUGGACUUUUCGGCGGACUGAAGAAUGUUUUGGGCGGUGGAUAUUGGAGGAAAGAGGUCACUGCUGUUCGCCCUGGUGCCCCCCGCCAGCGUGGACAGCGAGAUGUGCUUGUCGCGACUUCGACUGGCCUGGUUGAGAUCUGGAACACCCAUUGGCAUCACGGAAGCGCCUUGAAAAAGAAGUACGAUGUUAAGGAGGAGAUUGCGGCAGCACUCCCUUCGGAUAUGAAGAGUGUGAGUGAGGUCGAUCUCAAGGUCAUGGAUUUUGCCUUUUCUGCUCAGUCUUCGGAGGAGCAGGAGUCUGAUGAAUCAUGGGGCCUUUUCGUUGUCGUCAGCACCCCUCAGUCGUUGGAGGCCAAAACAAUGUUUGUCGUCCAGCUCCAGUUAUCUGGAAACCAAUCGCGCGUCCAGUCUACAUUUGCCGUGGGCCUCCACAGCAUCCCGGCCAUGGGCCAGGAGUUGAAACCCAAGAUUCUGACCACAAGCUCCGAAGAUACUGCUUUCAUCAUACUUGGGCAAUCCGUCGUUAUUCUAUCACUUACAGCUAUUGACGAGUCUCCAACCUCCCAACUCCUACACGACACCCAGAGGUUGGCCCUUCCUUUCCAGGAUACAAUCAACCUUCGAUCCGGCAAAGAGUUCGAAGUACUGGGAUAUGGCCCCGAGGAACGCACUGACGAUGAAGACGGCUCUUCAUGUGUGAUCAUGAUUCGAAACUUUGGUGUUGUCCGAAUCGAUGUGACUCCUCAAUUUUCUACAGAGCAUGAUGUGGAGGAAGGCCCAGUCACGGCCAAACACAAACUUGAGCAGGCCAUUUUCUUCGGUACUAUGGCAAAGAACCCUCUUAACCUGGUUGGCGAUGGCGGUCUCGACUUUCCUCCCGAGGAGGUUGAACAAGCCUCCUUGGAAAUCUGUAGGGAGCUUCUUCAGUCCGACACCCGAUUUAUUCCCAGCACUACGAUUUCCAUCGAUCAAAAUCUGCGACUUCGGGCCAAAGCCCUCAGCGACCUUGCGUCUCUACUCUCAAAGAAGGGCAAUCCCUUGGGCCGUACGGCUAGAUGGGAGCUCCUUUGGGGCGCAGAGAAGCUUGCUGCCCAGCGGGCUAUGUGGAAAUUGGAAGAGACGCUCCGGAACAAGAACGAGGGUCUGUUCCUUGGCCAGGUAAUCGAUUCGAUGAACGAAAAGUUCAAGACUUCCCCAAGCGGCGACACCGAUCCCGUCCGUCAGUGGUUCUUGAAGGAUACUUAUCAGAUGGAGCAUAUUAUUCCAUGGAUCAAGCACUCGGUCAAGUCUCGCAAGGGCAGCUCCAAGCAGACGCGCAAGAACUCGGAGCAGAUUUUGGAGGCCAGUGAGCUGUUCCUUGCGGUUACAGAAACAGCCUUCCGGUAUCGUGAUGAUCAUGCUUCAAUGUAUGGCCUGGGCGACGACUUUGUGGAGGAUGGCGUUCUUGCCGAUGGGUACGACACUCUACCCGAAUUCUGGACCUCUCGACGAACGGGAUACGCGGAAGCCAGAGAUCUUUUGGAAAUCGAAAUCGAUAGCGUUCUAUUUUGGGCGCAACAAAAGAAAUCUAGCGCAGAUGCACCGGACGGACAAAUCGCAAAGAGACUCGCCGCAAACAGUACGCGUCACCUUCGAUCCGUCGGUCAAAUGCACCGCGAGCGAACACGUUGGCUUGCAGCACAGGAUGACCCCAAACUCGUCGAUGAAGGUGUUUCGAUUGAGCAAUCUUUUGUCAAGGAACGCAAGUGGUCGCUCUUCAAAUUGGCAGGAAUUGACCAUCUCCAAGACGCAAUCGUUCUGGCCGAGCGAUUCCGUGACAUGGAAGCUCUGGUCGAGCUAAUUCUCGAGCUUUCUGACCAAGUCAAGGAACGCGCAGAGAAGGGUCUGGCAUUAGAGAACGCGGAGACAUCUGUGUUUGGUGUAGCUCCUAUCGGAAAUAGCGUUGCAGAUGUUGAGCGCCGGAUUGCACAAUAUUUCGACAAGUUUGGCGAGGCUUGGUCAGACGCAUACUUUACACGGCAGAUUUCUAUGGGAAAUCCUGGCGCGUUACUCUCAAUGAGGAAGUAUCAGCGGCCCGUAACCAGCUUCCUCCGGAAAACACCUGCAUAUGCUAAACUCAGCUGGAUGAACGAUGUGGCCGGCGAAGAUGAUUACGAAUCCGCUGCUGCAUGCUUGGAAAACCUGGCCAUCGGCAGCGAAAAACAACUUUGGAACCACCAUGUCGAGAUUUCGCUGGCGAAGCUCAGCAAGUUGGCUUCAAGGGAAAAGAACCCUUCCCUUGGCAACACUUCGGCCUUCCAAGAGGAUAUCGACCGCCUCGACGACUCCAUCGCCAUCGACGAGACUCAACACAAGCUCUACCACUACAUCCGUCAAUUUACUGAUGGUGCAAUCGACCACAAGGCCGAGCAAGAGCUUGCCUUGGAUUACUUUGGAAGCUAUCUGGCGCAAGAUCGUCCAUCUCUUCACGAAAUCUUAGGUGACGCUCUUUCUACUCUCGUCAACCGAAGUCUCAUCGGAACCGACGGACUUCUUGAUGUCCUCACCCUAAUCGGUUAUGUCGAGGUACCGGAAGAUGUGGACAGCGAUAUUUGCAGCCGCGAAUUCUACCAAGCCCUCCGGGUUCUCGAUCAUAGCCGCGAUGCGCAGCGAGACCCUUCAUAUGUAUCUGCCUUGCGAAAGCUAAUUUGGCGACGAUGCAUGAUCAAGGAUAACUGGAACGCUCUUGGAAAGGCCGCAGAGGGAACCAACGGAGACUCGGACAGUGCCACUCGUGACACCGCCAUCUACCAGACCUUGUUGACCUGUUUGAGAGAACACUCUGAUAUGAGUCUCCAAUCUCUCUUCCAGCCCGUAUCCCCUGCCGAGGCCUUGAUGGCCGACUCUGAGUCGGACAUCCUCGUCUCACGCUUCCGCCCGGAACAAAGGGCGCGGGUUGCUACCGACCUCCAGCGAGAAGACGAUCUUCUACGUGAUUAUAUUGAAACCGGCAAGCUUGACUUCUGGUUCCAAAAUCUCCUGGAAUCAAUUGGGUCCCAGACAGCGCCCCAACCAGAUACUCCCGCGGGCAAUGCUGGGGUCCAGGCUUCUUCGCCCUCGCAGGAUUCCAAGGCGCGAUUGACGUUCGUUUAA